AUACCAUUGCCCCCCCCCCCCAUCCUUUCAGAGUUUGCAUCACACAACCUGCUCAGCUCCGCCUAUUAUCUUCUUCCUCACUGCCGCUGCUCUCCACACAUCUGCGCUAGCCAUCUUCGGAUAGUAGGAGCAGCAGCAGAUGCCAAGAAGAGGUUUUGCAUCUCCUAGCUAGGUCUGCACCAAGAUCUCAAUUAAGUAUCAACAACUACUGUAUAUAGAAAGAAUCCCUUGACCAUUCUGCUCUCCUCCACUGCACAUCUCUCCGCCGACGCCAAGCACCAACCUUCUUCGAGUAAUAGCGGCAGGUGUCAAUGGGUUUUGCAGCUCCUCGCUAGCUAGCUAGAAAUGGGGGCUGGACGCCGAAUUCUCUGUCUACACACUCGUCUGCUGCAUUAAUUCCACCGUCUCUGAUUGACUGCAAUCUGCAAACCCAUGCAUCUCUCUGGCACCUAGUCAUCUAUCUCGAGCACAUUUAUCAGCAACACACGUCAGGAGUUGAGGAUGGACACGGCCAUCAGUGCAGCAGUGUGGGUGGUAGGCAAGGCGCUGGCCCCUGUUUCGGAUGGCUUGCUGGAGAACUGGGCGGCCUGCGACAGUCUCGGCCCCAACAUCAGCACCCUUAAGAGGAAGUUGCUUCAUGCGCAGGGGAUACUAUACACCGCGCACGGCAGGGACAUCACCAACCCUGCGCUCAAGGACCAGCUGCACAUGCUGCGGCAGCUGGCGGACGAGGCGAACGACGUGCUCGAUGAGCUGGACUACUUCUGCAUCCAGGACAAACUCGACAGCACCUACGAUGCCGCUGAUAACCAUCCCGGGGGCUGCAUCCACAACCUCAACCUCAAUGUGCGGCACACUGCCAGAGCUUUUUUUGCCAAUAAAUUCAAGAUUUCCCCAUGCUGGCAUGAUGCUAAUGGCGACGAUCUUGACUCCCAAGAAGAUGAUGCAAAACAAGGAUGCCUAUCUGUUGUCCGCACAUGCGGCGGGAAGCGUGUUGUUGGCAGUGGAUGCAUACCGAAGGGAGUCUCUAGUGGUGCUCAUGUUGCCGGCCACGUUGUUACUACUCAGACAGGCAUGUCAGAACCCUUGAAGGCACCACUAGUAGUUGGAGAAAAAAAUAAGUUUCAUUGUGUGGAGAUGUCUAAGAAGAUGGCAGAAAUUGUACAACAGCUGGAACCAAUGUGCGCUGAGGUGAAGGACAUCCUUGAUCUGGAGCUCCGCAAACCUACCCAAGGCAGCAUUACUGGAAACAGACCCACAACCACCCCAGCAAUAAUAGAGAUUGAGUUAUUUGGAAGGAAUGCUGAGAAAAAGGACAUUCUAGAUGGCAUUAACAAUGGAAAAUAUUGUACCGAUGGGCUCACCGUGCUUCCAGUUGUUGGCCCAGGGGGUAUUGGGAAGACGACUUUCAUACAACAUGUUUAUCGAGAAGUGAAGAGCUCUUUUGAUGUUAUGAUUUGGGUAUGUGUGUCUCUGAGUUUCAAUGCAAAUAGGCUGACACAAGAGAUUGUGCAAAACAUCCCUAAGGUUAAUGGUGAAACGGAAAAUACUGUUGCAGAAGAGCUUAUUGAGCAGAGGUUAAGACAUAAGAGAUUUUUGCUCGUCUUGGAUGAUAUGUGGAUAUAUCAUGAGUAUGAGUGGAAAAAACUGUUAGCUCCCUUUGAAAAAGGACAUGAAAGAGGUAAUAUGGUUAUUGUCACUACCAGAAUUCCAGAGACAGCAACAAUGGUAAAAACAAUUGAUUAUCCGGUAGAUCUGACUCGCUUAGGAGCUGAUGAUUUUAUGCAUUUAUUUGAAAAAUAUGUAUUUGGCGACCAGGAGGCAUGGAAAGAUCAUCCUAAAUUGCUUGAUGUUGGUAAAGAAAUAGUGGUCAAUUUGAAGGGUUUCCCUCUUGCAGCAAAAACUGUAGGUAGAUUACUGAGAAACCAACUUACAUUGGACCAUUGGACAAGAGUUUUAGAAAGCAAAGAAUGGGAGUUACAAACUAGCGACUAUGACAUUAUGCCAGCUCUGAAGCUAAGCUAUGAUUACCUCCCUUUCUAUCUUCAGCAGUGUUUUUCCUAUUGUGGUUUGUUCCCCGAAGAUUAUGAGUUUGGUAGCAAAGAGUUGGUUCACUUAUGGAUAGGGCUUGACUUUUUAGAUUCAUGUGAUGGAAGGAAAACCAUUGAAGAUGUUGGGUUGCGAUAUUUAAAUGACUUGGUUAAUAGCGGUUUUCUCAAGAAGACCGAAAAAGAUGAUGGCAGCCAUUGUUAUGUUGUUCAUGACCUACUGCAUAACUUGGCAGUGAAGGUUUCAUCAUCAGAGUGCCUUAGCAUAUCAAGUUCUAAUGUGAGAUAUGUACACUCUUCCCUAUCUGUACGUCACUUGUCUAUCAUUGUAAAUGAGAGCGAUGUCAACGACAGAUUGACCUUUGAUGAUUUUAAGAGCGACUUGAGUGCAUUACAUACAAAGUUGAAGGUUGAAAAGCUACAAACUGUGAUGCUAUUUGGAAAAUACCAUGGAAGCUUUGCAAAGGCUUUUGGUGAUUUGUUUGCAGAAGCAAAAGCCCUUCGUGUUAUUCUUUUGUCUGAAGCAUCUUAUAGUUAUAAGUUGGAGGAUGUGUUCCACAACAUUUGGAGAUUUUUCCAUCUUCGCUACCUAAGGAUAAUUGCAGGAGAUUUGACAAAAUUAAGUUUGAACAGCAAUAUCUCAAGAUUUUAUCACCUGAGGGUCCUUAAUUUUCAACAAUGCAAUGUCAACCUUGGUCCUCUCAGAGCAAUAAGCAACCUUGUAAAAUUGCGGCAUUUUCUUGUCAAGGACAUCGGUUUUGAAUUAAAGCAGAUAGCACAGUUAGCAGAGCUUGGUGGGUUGCUGAGAAUCCAUAAUAUUGAGAAUGUUGAACGAAAGGAAGGAGCGAACAAAGCAAACUUGAUACACAAAAACCACUUAGAGAAGCUAAUAUUGCGAUGGGGUGUUUAUGGGGACAACGCAAAUUCUGUGCAAGAACAGGUUCUCGAAAUUCUAAAACCACAUAGCAAUCUCCUAGAUCUGCACAAUGAAGGGCAUAGAGGUGCUGCUUGCCCGUCAUGGCUAGGUGGGAACCUCUCGGUUAAAAAUUUGGAAUCUCUUUGUUUGCAUGAUAUAGGUUGGAAAACUCUUCCACCUCUAGGAGAGUUGUGGUCUGUUGGUGAGCUUGGUGAAGAGCGUCAAAGUAGUAUCCCAAGUCAAAGUUUUCAAAAUCUGAAAAGGCUAGAAUUAGUUAAAAUACCAUGGUUGAGAAGAUGGGUUGAAAAUAGCACUUGUCGUUUGUUCUCUCAGCUAGAAGUGCUCAUUGUUAAAGGUUGCUCUGAACUUGUGGAGCUGCCAUUUUCACGCUGUCAAUCAGAGCAAGAAGCUGCAAACAUGACUUGGUUUCCUAGAUUACAGAAGCUCGAGAUUAUGGACUGCCCGAAACUGCUGUCAUUGCCUCCUAUCCCUUGGACUCUUGGUCCAUGCUCUGCCGAGAUAAUGGGGGUUGGAUCUGGUUUUGAGGAGCUGUGGUACUCAAAAGAACACUCGUCUAAACUAUUAAGCUUGAGUAUUACGGGGAAGGGUGGUCAAGAUGGCAUGUUCUGGAAUAUUUUAGCAUUCUCUAAUCUAGCUGAUCUAAACGAGCUGCGCUUGAAGAAUUGCUCUCCUUUGCCAAUGGAUCAUCUCCAGAAGUUAACAUCACUGAAGUCCCUCGAAAUAGAAAAUUCGAGUAAUGUCCUGUCGCCGACCGACAGUGAGAGUGAUGUCACAUACAAGAUACCAAUCGAAUGCCUCUCGAUCAGGUUUUGUGGUUCUGGUGAGAAGGAAUUGACACAGUUGCUCUCUCAUUUUCCAGAUCUCAGCGAUUUGGCAAUACUUGAUUGUGAAAAGAUAACAAGGGUUGGUGUGGUGGAGCAGCAGCAGCAGGCGACAAGAGGAGAGGAGGAAAUAGCGCUAGCAGCAGGAGAAGAAGCUGGACUUUUGCUCUCGUCUCCCCAUCUACAGAGAGCUUGAGAAUCUGGCGUUGCUUAGAGCUGAGCCUACUUGCCAGUUCGCUCCAAGGCCUCCGCUCACUCAACAUAAGUCGGUGCUCCAAGUUCCUUUCCUCAUGCAUAUGGCCUCUCCUUGCCCAUGGCUGCCUCACAGAUUUAGCCGUAUAUGGGACCCACAAAUUCUUUGCCGGUUUGGAGCCCCCACGGACGCAAAACAAAGAGCCCACAGCCUGCAAACUUCAGGAUGUAAACACAGAU